CAAGCCGUCCUAUAUAUUAACCCAUUUCAGCCUUAGCUUUAGCCCACCCUGUAGAAUUGAAGGAGAAGCAAAUUAAGGUGUCAUCUCCGAUCAUGAAGAAGUUUUCACCCAUGUUCUUUUUCAUUCUCUUAAUGUCGUUUCCCGUCAUGCUAGUCUCCGCCGCGGCCGGAGACUGCAGCGAUGACUCCGCUUACGACGGACGGGACCGUGUCGAGGCCUUGAAGUUUAAGUUAAUAGCGGCUUUUACCAUUCUUUUAGCCGGGUUUCUCGGCGUCUCUGUCCCGAACAUCGGGAAGAAAUUCCCGAUGUUCCACCCGGACAGCAACUUGUUCUUUCUCGUAAAGGCGUUUGCGGCCGGCGUGAUCUUAGCCACCGGAUUCAUCCACGUGCUCCCAGACGCUUUCGAGACCCUCGGCAGUCCUUGCCUGCCGGAGAAUCCCUGGAGCAGAUUCCCCUUCCCUAGCUUCGUGGCGAUGGUGGCCGCCAUAUUAACGAUGAUGGUGGACUUGUUCACGACGAGCUAUUACAAGAAAGCCCAAUUGGACAACAAGCCCAAGCCUGUUGACGAAGAAAGCCCGGCCCAGCCUCACGGGCAAGUGCCUAUCCACACGCACGCGACCCAUGGGCACGCCCACGGAUCUGUGGUUUACCCGGUGGGCGGGUCUGAUCUAACACGGCGGCGCGUCAUCUCACUGGUUCUGGAGAUUGGGAUUAUUGUUCACUCGGUAAUUAUUGGGAUAUCAUUGGGUGCAUCUGUUUCCGUUGAUACAAUUAAGCCUCUUGUAGUGGCGUUGACUUUUCAUCAACUCUUUGAAGGCAUGGGACUCGGUGGCUGUAUUGCUGAGGCACAAUACGCAGCACGUCCUACACUAUUAAUGGUAAUAUUCUUCUGCCUUACAACUCCUAUAGGAAUAGCAAUUGGGUUUGGGAUCUCACAUGUCUACAACGAAAACAGCCCAACGGCCCUAAUUGUGGAGGGCUUGUUAAACUCGGCCUCAGCUGGGAUUCUGAUUUACAUGGCCCUUGUGGAUCUCAUUGCAACAGACUUCAUGAGUGAUAGGCUUCAACGCAAUAUAAAGCUACAAAUUGGAGCUAAUACCUCACUUCUGCUAGGAGCAGGCUUAAUGUCACUCUUAGCUAUUUGGGCAUGAUAUAUACCAGAAAUUAAAAAUCUUCUAGCUCUCUAUGUGUUAUAAGAAUAAGUGUAAUUAUGAGAUAUCAAAAACUUACUUCUCGUUACAAAAAGAGUAUUUUGGAUAGAAUUAGUUAGACUCUUUUUGUGGCGUUGGAUAUAAUUAGCUUAGGCUAAGUCUUAUGAUGGGAGUAGUUGUGUGGAACCACCUCUUAGAUUUGCUAAUGCAUUUUUAAUUCUUUUUCUGAUAGUACUCCGUAUAUAUUAUGUGUGCGCUUAAAUGAACCCUAAUGAAUAUUUGGUUUAAGACUUUAUUUGAGUUUAAUACUGGC